AUGAAAUCCCUGCGCAGCAGACGCUUUAUUGGCGGUCCAUCACACCUCUUCACUUCAGCAGUCUUGGCUCGACCGGCGGGGAUACAUACCAGUUCGGUACUUUUGCAGUCGAUGGGGGCACAAGAUACAAAGAGUCGUGUCACAGACGAUCAGCGUGCAAGGUUCAAGAAGCAGUUCUACUCGCCACACCUACCAGAGAGGUUUGAAGCUGCUAAGCAGAUCCUAGAACAAUAUAGCGGGAUACCGGCCGACGAGGUAAAUAAACAUGUUUUGAGAAUUCGAGAUCAAGGUUGGGCCAUCCUGCCCUUCCCUUGUAUAGGCCAGUUCCGCUUCCUAGAGCUGGAGCGUACAAUCACAGACCCACGAUACCAGGCCACACUCACGCGUCUUCGGCAUGAAGGCUCUACAGAUGCCUUGCUCGACGUGGGCUGUUUCGUGGGCCAGAUCGUGCGCGCCCUCGCCUUCAACGGCGCAGACCCGGCGAGGCUAUAUGGCACGGAUCUGGAGCAGGCGUAUCUUGACCUUGGCUUCGACUUGUUCCGCGACAGUAGCAAAUUGGACCGCUCACACUUCGUUGCGGGUGAUAUGCUGCUGGAGCCGCGGGAUCCGCGCCUAGAUCUUUUUAUGGGCAAAAUGACCAUCAUCCAUGCUAGCAGUUUCUUCCAUCUUUUCAACUGGUCGCUGCAAAUCAAGGCCGCGAAGCGGUGUGUGGAGUUCAUGAAUCCGGACGUACACAAUGUGAUGGUGUUUGGAGGAAUGAUCGGAAGGGAGGAGCCUGGUGAUAUACAUGGACCGGGACAAUCUAAGUUGUUUAUGCAUAACGCCGCGAGCUGGGCGAGGCUGUGGGAGGAAGUCGGGGAGGCGACAGGGACUCGGUGGCGGACGGAAUUCGAGUUCGUUGACGAUGAGGCAUUUAGGAAAGAUAAUCCGCACUAUGCAAAUGCUGGGAUUAAGAGGGUUCGGUUCGGUACUUAUAGAAUCGAUAGAAGCGGAUAG